CUGCUCAGUAGUGGGUAAUAUUUACAUGUUGUGCAAGGAAGUACAGUGGGCUAACUAAUGAGGACAAGGGCCGCUUGCAAUCAUUAACUUCUGGUGGAUUUACAAGGGACAACAUGAGCUCGUAUUUAGACUUUUACUCAGGAAGAAACAUGAUGACUCUGCCUGCGAAAUUCUGUCACGAGGAACACAAACAUGCAACACUUAAGUACCAUGGGGAGAUAGUUGGGAGACUUUCGUCAGGUAUACUGGACCACCAGAGCAGCAACCGGUCGAUAUCAGGAGUGCAGCAUCAAGCUGUGUUUGAGGUGCCACUUGAAAGCGACGGAACUGCGUCUGAUGGCAAUUACGUGGAUCAGGGACUUACUUAUAGUUUAGCGUAUGGAUGCUACAACGACGUGGAACAAAACAGGAUGCUUACCCAGAGCAUUAACCCGUCUUUGUCAGGAAACGGACCUGUCGCCAGUCAUCCCACGGAGACGUACUAUCACGAUAUUACACAAACAAACCAGCACUGGCAAAGCAUAAAGAUAUCGCGAGGAUACGUCGCUGGAAGUCAUCAGAAUUCAUCACCAUCUCAUGAGAAUUUUCCAAAAACCUGUCCUACACAAGAAGAGCCGCAACUUGUGGCAAAUACAUUUGACUGGAUGAAAAUCAAAAGAAGCAACCCCAAAAUCAGUAAAACUAUUGAAUGUGGACAAUCGAAAGCAGGAUCCAUUCCAAGAACAAAUUUUACAACAAAGCAAUUAACAGAAUUAGAAAAAGAAUUUCAUUUCAAUAAGUAUCUCACCAGGUCAAGAAGGGUGGAAAUAGCCCAUAGUUUGCGUCUGAAUGAAACCCAGGUGAAAAUAUGGUUUCAAAAUAGAAGAAUGAAACAGAAGAAGAGGGAGAAAGAAGGCCUUAGGGUGUGCGUGACUCCCAUAUCGAAGUGCUCGGACUCAUCCUCAUCAGAACUCAACUCUCCAGUUUCUUCCCCCCCAUGCUCCCCCACUCCGCUUGCCCAAAUCCGAUAACUAGAGGGGUUGAGUCUAGGAAAUCACUUGAGGUUACUCAGAGGUUCAGUUGUCACCUUUUGGCUGUUGUUAUUUGGAUAAAUUAUACUCACUAACUGCACUAAAGCCCUCUGUUGUGAAAUACAAACAUGCUGCUUCUGUUUUGUUGUCCGACUGAGGGAAAGUUCAGAAAUGUUGUGGAUGGACUUGUUUGUGACGUUUCAGUCAAAGGACACCUUGAAUCUCAAUUAAACAAUAUUUGCCUUGUCAUUGCCUAAUUUAAGUGUUACACAGAAUAAACCAAAUAUCAAACCAAAUGCCCAAUAGUUUAAGAUUAGGUUCGUGAGAUAAAGUUGUCAUCCGAUGUUUGGCGAAAAAGUUCCAAUCCGGUGUUAGUUUAUGAACUGUAACAAUUUAUGCUCACCCUUACUUGAUUUUAUCUAAUCUAUAGGAGCUAUAACUAUCAUUGAAUGUAUGUUGCCCUGAAUUAACCAAAGACUGAACUUGCCUUUAUAAUGAAAUGUUGUUCUCAGGAUAGUUCUUCUGAAGAAUGCACUGAAUCUCAAGUUGAGAUAUACAAUUAUUAAAAACCUUGGUAACGUUUAAGACUCAAUGCACAGUAAUUUGGA